AUGGCAGCGUUGCAAACACCAGACUGGACCUGGCCAGCUACAGGCCCAAUCCUGGCUACGAACGCUUUCCAUGGCGGCAGUGCUUCAUCUGACUUCCCGCCGUCUCCUCAACAGACUGCUCGCCCAGGAGACGAUGACGAUGUAACCGACAUUGAAGAGGCCGAUUCGGAUGUUGAGUCGUUUGAUGAAGUGGAAGCCGAGGCAGAGCAAGCUGAGACAACCGAGAGCCAGCGGGCAAUCCCAGAGAGCGCAAACCCUGGCGAGGUCAAGAGACCUACACCUGGGGCUGGCUCAUCUCCCAAGCCCCCAACACCAUCCCCUGCACCGUCCUUGCCCCCGUCCCCGUCCCUGGACGUGCUGGCCGAAAUACUAAGAAAGAUGCUCAAGGAGGAGUUGGGACAGAUUGGAGGCUCUCUCGGGCAUCUAGGCUCAGGUGUAAAGGAUAUCAACCAAAGCCCGCAAUCCUCUGGGGUGCCUGCAUCACACCCACAGAUCGGGCCGAUCAAUCUACCGUCCCCUGUUCCUUCUCCUGUCAACAAUGCCGGCGUUUCAUUCCCUCGACCAAUGACGACGGCUCCCCCCAGCGAACGAGGACCGCCCUCGAAGCCUCAAAUGGGCGUGCGCUGGAGCGAAACAGUCGUUGAUAGGCCCAGAUCGCCAGUCGAAAUCAGUCCCAUUGACCUUAAAUGGGGUGUCUUGUUUGACCAGCAAAGUCUACCUACCAAAAGAUGGGAGCAAGUCGUCAAGGGUCUCGGCAACUAUCUUAUGGCCGAGUUCAUGCCGCAGAACACCAUUGUAAUUACACCGGAGAAGAUGACAGCGUUCUACUCCCAUCACAGGCUUGAUGUCGAAGUCUUUCCCUACACAGACAUUUUCCGUAACCGCACCGCAAUGGGGCUUGCAAAAUUAGCAGAAUUAUUUCAGCGGCUGAGCUGCGAAUACUUUCUGGUGCCGGUAGAAGCCAAACACCGGCCGACAGCUCCAGCACUUACUCUACCCGGCUGGACGCGAUGGAUGACGCUCACCAUCCGGGCGUAUCCUGAUGAGGAAGCAAUACGACUAGCCAAGGUUGUUGCCGCACUCCCCAUUAACGCGGACAGUUUGCUCGAUGGCAAGCCAGAGCGGCUACCGAAACAAAUCUCUCGUCGCCUCUUACCGGCGAAGCCGGAUCCCAAAACCCGGGGGCUGCUCGACGAAGCCAUGAAGACGGCAAUGGAACCUAUCCAGCCGCCACAUGCCAUAUCGAGCAAAAUAAUUACCGGCGUUGCCGACGACAACGAUCGGCGCCCACCGAUUUCUCGUGCAUCUAGCCCUCGGUCGCGAUACCGGCCAAUGGAGAGGUCCUCGGCAACCUCAACCGGCAUUCCCUCGCCGCCGCUAUCACAGUCGGGACAUUCCGUCGACGAAGACCGCAGGCGGAGCGAACGUGACCGAGAUCCAAGGGAUAGGACCGGUCGCGACUACUACCGCGACGGCCAGACCGCCACUCUCCGAACUUACGAGAGCAACGGCUCAGCCCGGCGCGAUCCUCGCGAUCCUCCUCCGCACUCCGCGACAGUACGACCACCCAUCUCACCCAGCACCUCCCGCCGGCGUAACACUGCUAGCCCAGUCCGACCGCCGCCGCCGCCCUCUCCUUUAGCGCCCCCCGCGAACAACCACCGACACUCCGUAGCCGGGCUCCCCGGUGUCGAGAGGGGUCACGAUCACACGGUGACCAUGAUGACUCGAUCGCCGUCCGAUACCGGGGUGUUGGCGGCGUCGUCCCGAAGGCGCAGCGACUCGCGGGAUUGGGAAAGGGAGCAGCGAGACCGGGAGAAGGGGAGGGACAAAGAUAGAGACAGAGACAGAGACAGGGACAGGGACAGGGAUCGAGAUCGAGAACGGGGCAGAGAUAGAGAUCGAGACAGAGAUCGAGACCGGGACCGGGACCGGGACGGCAAGGCUGCGAGGGCUGCGAGGGAGAGGGAGCGGGAGCGGGAAAAGGACAGAAAGCACAGGGACAGGGAGAGGAGGUCAGCGUCGCUCGUCGCCGGUUCGUCCUCUGACAGGCGUGCGGGCGGCAGCGGGGCGGGGAGUCGGAGAACGCCUGUGGUCGUCGACCAGGCCCAGGCUGCUGGGCGCAGUGGCCAGACUUGGGGCGACUACUUUGACAGAAAGUAA